AUGGCUGCGACCGCUGCCGUGCGCGUGGCCCACGUGAGCUACGCGCCCCACGCGUCGCACUUGAAGCUGCGACUGCAUCUCCACAACGAGCAGAGGACUUUCUUCCGUCCUGCGGAUGAAAAGCUCGACCGCGUGCGCUACCGUCUGCAGCUGCUGGCGUCCAAUGGAUCAACAGUACCGAAGAACUGGAAGAAGAAGAAGCAGCAACAGAAAAAGAAGCAUAAAAAGGGAGCUACGGGUGGCAUGGCGCCUACAGUGCCCGUCAAAUUCGUUGAUGCUGAAGGCAACGAGAUUAGUUCGAGAGGUGCGACGGUUGCCGACGCGUUGAUGCGCACCAAGAGGCUUGACAUUGGAACGGAGACGUUCGUGGUUUUGCACAACCAGCCGAUUGUUACGGGACUUAAGGUGCUCGAGCCGAUAAUGGCUGGAAUCACUGUGAUUGCGUUGGUUGAGACGGAGUUUAUCAGUGUCGACGAGUGUUUGUGGCAAUGGUUUCGCCUGAAUGAGAAAAACGGUGACGAUGGCGAGAACGAAGAAAGAAGCAAAAAAGUAUUGGUUAGCACUGAGAGAAGAUACACGCCGAUGAAAGACGAUGUUGGCUACAGGUUUUAUGUAGAGUGUCGCGCACCGACAGCAGACUUGAGCUCAGAGUUUGCACGAGAUCGCAAGGCAGGAAGAGUAACAGCGCCCGUGUUGCCUGGACCAAAUCGAGACGCGUUCAAGGAUCGAAUACAGAUGGGUUUGGUCGCUGCUACUGAGAAGUAUUCGGAUGCAGUAGAUGCGUUUCGAGUCAUGAGCUACAAUGUGCUGUAUGACGGUUACGCAACUUCAAAAAAUGCACAGACAAAUAUGUUUCCGUAUGUCAAAGCACGCAUCAUGAAGGAGUCGCGCCGGAUGCAACUGGUUUUGCAGGAAAUCGAAGAAAACAACAGCGACAUCGUUUGUCUACAGGAAAUGGGUGAGCACGUGUACACGAGACUCUUUGAACCGAUGCUCUCGUUGAUUGGCUACCAUGGAUUUUACUCGGACAAAACGGGUACGACAAACGAAGGCUGCGCAACUUUCGUUAGAACGACCCGUUUCGAAGUGGUUAAAGAAGACACUGUAGAUCUCACCGCGGCAGUCAAAGCUUCGACAAAUCCCGCUUUGCAGAAUUUGUUGCAAGACUUUCCUGAAAUCGCUGCAGGUAUAAAACGAAUUCCGUCCAUCGCUCAAUUACUUGUCAUACGUUCUAAGGUGGAUCCAGCGCGGAGCAUCAUCUUGUCAAAUACGCAUCUUUUCUACCGUGGAGAUGCGCAUUUGAUUCGAUUGAUGCAAGGUGCUGCAAUUGUAGAGUGUGUAAGCGAGCAGAAGGUAGUACUGGGAUAUGAAGACGCUGCUGUCGUCAUGUGUGGAGACUGGAACGCGCACCCUAAAGCACCGUUGGUCGCUUUCCUUUUGGAUGGCGAGAUCGAUUCUACGAAUAGCCACUGGCAAGAAGCGCCGUCGUUCCGCUGGAAAACGUCUCAAGAUGACGAUACUGGCGCGAAUAGUCGCGUGAAAAACGUCUCUGAGGUUCGUCCUAACCGAUUGGUGCACGAUCUUUGCUUAGUAAGUGCGUGUGGAAUCCCAGCAUUCACGAAUUUCGUAAAAUCGUUUGUGGACACCCUGGACUAUAUUAUGGUUGGAUCCAAGGCGCUUCAGGUUCGUGAUGCAUUCCCGUUUUUCACCGAGGAGGAAGUAGGCCACGAAGUUGCACUGCCGUCAUCGACUUUUCCGUCGGACCAUGUAUCUCUUGUGUGUGAUUUGUCAUGGCAAGGAUGA